UGCACACAGGCAUUGGAGGGAAGCAAUUUCCAUAUAAUAUAUCCAUGUUCGUGAUCAAAGAAAACAAAUCUCAGCCUCCGGCCUAGAUCUCUUCCCACUUCCUCCUAUGGCUCAGAGAAAUGGACUUCACAUUGUAAUGUUCCCAUGGUUAGCUUUUGGUCAUAUGAUACCAUAUCUGGAGUUAUCCAAAGGCUUAGCUAAAAGGGGUCAUCGCAUCUACUUCAUUUCCACACCAAGAAACAUUGAUAGGCUUCCAAAACUUCCUCAUAAUCUAUCCUCUCUGUUCAAUUUUGUUAAGCUCACCUUACCUCCGAUCGCCAACUUGCCGGAGGGAGCUGAGGCCACUUCCGACGUCCCAUUCGACAAAAUCCAGUACCUUAAGAAGGCCUUCGAUGGUCUGGAGGGAUCUUUCGCUUGCUUCCUUGAGAGCUCAGCUCCAGAUUUGAUAAUCCAUGAUUUCUCCCAUCACUGGCUUCAACCCCUUGCUGCUAAAAAUGGUAUUCCAUGUGCCUACUUCAGUAUACCCAAUGCUUCAUCCCUUGCCUUCCUUGGCUCCCCAUGGUUGCGAAUGAUGGGAGAAGACACCCGAACAGAUCCGGAACACUUCACUGUUCCUCCCAAGUGGUUUCCUUCCCCUUCCAAUCUCGCAUUUCGACUCUAUGAAAUCCUUAAAAUGUCUAAAUCGGCAAGUGGAAAUGCUUCUGGUGUGUCCGACAUCCAUCGACAGAACUCGGUAAUCCUCAGAUCCAACUUUCUAGUUGUGAGAAGCUGUGAAGAAUUCGAGGGUGAUUUUCUACGUAUCCUGCGGGAGAAGCUCUACCGGAUACCAGUCAUUCCAAUAGGUCUACUUCCUCCCUCAAACGAGAAUGCUUUGGAAAACAAAGAUGAUGAAUGGGAUAACAUUAGCAAGUGGCUAGACAAGCAAAGAGAAGGGUCUGUGGUUUACAUAGCAUUUGGGAGUGAAGCAGAACUGAGCAUAGAAGAAAUGCAUGAGGUAGCUCUUGGGUUAGAACUAUCUGGGCUGCCUUUCUUUUGGGCACUAAGAAACCCAGCAGGGUUGCUACCAUCAGGUUUUGAGAGCAGAACUCAAGCUCAGAGUAUCAUCUGUUUAGGAUGGGCUCCUCAGAGAAAGAUAUUGGGACACCCUUCAGUGGGGGUUUUCUUGACUCACUGUGGGUGGAGUUCAGUAAUUGAAGCUCUUGCAGUUGGCUGUCCUCUUGUGUUAUUUCCUAUAUCAAUCGAUCAACCCUUGAUUGCAAAGUUAUUGCUGAGCAAAAACAUUGGGGUAGAGAUUCCAAGAGAUGAACGAGAUGGGUCAUUUACAAGGGAUUCGGUGGCCAAGGCACUGAAGCUAGUAAUAGUGGAUACAGAGGGGGGUCUGCACAAGGCCAAAGCUAGAGAGAUGAGAGAAGUGUUUGGAGACGAGGCUCGGCAUGACCGAUACAUGGAUAAUUUCGAUCAGUACCUGAGAAUUAAUCUUGGGUGCUGAAUGUGACUCCUUAAUAUGAUGGAAAAUGUAACAAUAAAAUGGUGGCAGAAAAUUCGGUCUCUUCAUUAAGAAGUGCAAAAUGUGCAGUUUCAAGUGAAAAAAGAAUCUUGCCAGUCUGAUGUAGGUAACACUGGCAUUCUAGGUCAAUAGGCGAGCAUAUGGGAGCAUCUCAAAGCACAUUAAUAUGCCUGAUGGUGCUCUUGCCAAUUAUGCCUGUGAUGUUGAGUUGAUUACUUGAUUAUAGAUAUGUUCUUUUUUUAAUUGAUUGAUAACUUACACUUAGGUUCCAAAACCACUGAUGUACUGGAAGAUGCUCAUAGAACAUUAUCUAAAUUUCCUAAUUAUAAUGAGGGGGAAUGCUAUGCC